AUGACAACAACAACGGACGAUGUGAAGCAAAUUACUGACCUUGAAGUUAAAGAACAAUCUGCGUUUGAAGGUUUCGACAACAACAUGUCUUGGACUGACCUUUAUAUCCUUGUUCAAAAAACACUUGGGUGGGAAAAAGAUGAAACUGAGAUGGAGUUUCAGUUGGCUGGUGGUUAUGACCCUGCUGAACCACAUAAACCCAAAAUCAUCACAAAGCUAUUGUUGAAGAAUAUGAUGACCACGUUUGAAGGAACAACAUCAAAGGAAAGGGAAGGUCAGGUGAUUGAUGAAACAACAGUUAGGCGUACAACCACAACUUAUUUGUUGUAUUCUCUUGGGAACGUUUUCUUUCCCGAUAACUCGGGAAAUAUGAUGAAUGUUCAUUACCUACGCUUGUUGAAGAAUUUGGACGAGAUCAAAAAUUAUUCGUGGGCCACUACAACCCUUGCAUAUUUACUUAACAGCCUAAGAAAGGCCUCUAGGGUUGGAGCUACUGAAAUUGCCGGGAAUGUUGCGCUUCUAAUGGUAAGUUUGGUUACAUUUUUCUUAGUUUGUUAUAUUUUUAGUAAUGUGUCAAUUUUUUAUACUUAA